CUCAUUUUUCAAACCAAAUUCACUACUCAUCUUUUCUCUCAAUUCUCAAUAAAGCUUCAAUUUCUUCAUCUACUCAAAAGAGUCGUCCUGUUUUUGCUCAUAUUGAAACUUUCUUAGAUUCUCAUCGGUGAAUUUUGAAUUCCAAAAAUACAAAUGGAUGAAAUUGAAGUACCUCCUUAUUUCAUUUGCCCGAUUUCUCUAGAGAUGAUGAAAGACCCCGUCACAAUCUCAACCGGUAUAACAUAUGAUCGAGAAAACAUCGAGAAAUGGAUAUUCUCCUCCAAGAAUAACACUUGUCCGGUUACAAAGCUGUUCCUUACAAGCAUAGAAUUGACACCAAACAUCACUCUUCGGCGAUUAAUACAAUCGUGGUGUACUCUCAACGCGUCCUAUGGCAUCGAAAGGUUCCCUACCCCGAAGCCUCUAGUCAACAAACCCCAGAUCAUAAAGCUCCUCAAAGAAGCAAAAUCGCCUGAAAUGCAAAUGAAAUCUCUCAAAACCCUAAGAUCCAUCGCUUCUGAGAGCGACGCUAACAAACGCUGCAUGGAAUCCGCGGGGGCACCAGGGUUCUUAGCUUCUAUUAUAAAUAUUUCGAAUGAAGUUUCAGACGAAGAGGGUUUCACAAGUACUAAAGAAGAAGCGCUAAGCCUCCUCUACCAACUCAAAUUAUCUGAACAUGGAUUGAGGUCACUCAUCGCGAGUGGAAACAAGGAAUUCAUCGAGUCAUUGACACGUGUCAUGCAAUGCGGAAGCUACGAGUCUAGGGCUUACGCGAUGAUGUUAAUGAAAGACAUGUUCGAAGCAUCCACACCAACUCCAAUUUUGGGUUUGAAGCAAGAAUUCUUCACCCAAGUGGUUCAAGUCUUAAGGGAUGAGAUCUCUCAAAAGGCGACAAAAGCAUCGUUGCAAGUGCUCGUGCAGGCAUGUCCAUGGGGGAGGAACAGAGUGAAAGCAGCAGAGGCAGGAGCAAUUAGGGUUUUAGUGGAUCUUUUGCUCGAUUCAUCGGAGAAGAGGGCUUGUGAAUUGAUGCUAAUUUUGUUGGAUCAAAUUUGUCAGAGUGCAGAAGGGAGAGCUGAGCUAUUGAAGCAUGCCGGAGGAUUAGCCAUUGUUUCCAAGAAAAUACUUAGGGUUUCUAAAGCGGGGAGUGAAAGGGCUAUCAAGAUUUUGCAUUCAAUCUCAAAGUUUUCAGCAACACCAAGUGUUGUUCAAGAGAUGUUGAGUUUGGGUGUGGUGGCAAAGCUUUGUUUGGUGCUUCAAGUUGAUUGUGGAAGUAAGGCUAAGGAUAGAGCUAGAGAAAUUCUCAAAUUGCAUGCUAAGGCGUGGAGGAGUUCUCCUUGUGUACCUAUGAAUUUAAAAUCUUCGUAUCCGUUUUAGGAAUUAGGAAGAGAGCAAAUUGCUUAGGUAGAAAUAGUUGUUUUUAAAGAACAAUAACAGUGGAUUAUUUUUGUGUACAUAAUUUAUUCUUUUCAGAAAAUAGAAAAAGAAAAAGGGACAUAUUAGUCCACGAAAUUUAAUUAUAUCGUCCAUAUCCAUCUUCAAUAUUGUGAUUCAUUCAUAUUCAUCUUGAAAGGGAAAGAGUACGAGAAGAUGUAGGAAGACAGUAGAACGUGUUUUUUGUAUAUUUUUUUUAAAGGAUCUUUUUAUCCUUACCUGUU